AUUAUAAAUUGCAGAGGAAGGAGAUGGCUAGCUCUUGAGUAGAAGGGACACAUUUGGUCGGAGAGAUAUGAUGGAAGAGGACGAUACAUAAAUUAAAAUUUUAAAUCGCUUUCUGGUGUUUGAUCUCGUUUCUCAAAUCUUUGCUUCAAUGGUUUGUUGUGUCCUAAUGGUGACAGACACUUUGGUCUUUUAGCUAAGAUUGCAACUCUUUGUCAGAAAAAAGCUAAUCUCUUUCAACAACCCAGAUCGAAAGUUUGAUCCUUUUUUUUCAGAAAUCUUCGAGUUCGAUUCUUGAAAUGAUGAUUAGAAAGAUCCCGACUUGGCCUUGGUGGUUGUUAGGUGGUAAAAAGGAGAAAGAGACGGAAGCUCUCAAGUUCCCUACAAAGAUAAAUCGAGACAAAGGGAGGGUUAUCAAGAGGAAGGAGAUGGAACUUGAGAGCUUUGGGUCUUCUGGCUCUGAAUCUGUGGCUCUUGCUGCUGGGGAUGGGCCUGAGUGGUCUGUUGGAUGGACUGAGCCACAUGGACCUGGUUUCCAAACCGAUGAAGAAGGAGAUGAUGGUGGCUUCUUAGUCCUGGUUCCUUGUUACAGAGCUGUCGUUGAAGGCUCUGGUAAUAAUAACCAGUUCUUGUCUGCUGUCAAGAAUCUCCCCAACGGUUUGCCUCCUGAUGGGAAGAACUACAUGGAGCAAUGGCUUUCAUCUCUGCAGAAACUUUGACCAGGUCUCCUUCCUUUUGUAGUUAGUUAAGUAGUUUUAGUUCUCUAAUUCCAUUUUGGUUACUACAUUAACCCUGAAAACUCAAAAAAAAAGAGAAAAAAGAAAAAGAGGAAAAAAAAAAGAAGAAGCUCAAAUAGUUUUACAGUUUAGAUUAAGAUGAUUGGUAUUGUAUAUUGAUCCUGGAAACGGAUUAAGCCCGAAACAAAAAAACAAGAAAAAAAGAGUGAAAAAAAAAACAAUGUGUGGGAUUGUAAAAGCUACGAAAGAAGAAGCAGCUUUAUGGUUCAUAUGAAGAUGAUGCAAGUUGGUUACAUUGAUCGAUCAAUGAAAGAGGAUGGAGAACAAUUGACAUUGAUCCUGGGAAAGGAAUAUUUUUUUAUAUCAAGAUGAUGGAUGGACUUGUUGAUCUGGAAGAGGAUUGAGACUGAAAACUCAUGUAAAAAGUCUUCAAUGUAAAUACUCACAAGAGUGAUGUAUAUAACUCCCUCCCUUCUUCUUCGUCAAGAUUGAGUUUGAAGUGAUUGCAGAUUGUAUGUAAUUUGUUAACUACCCACUAAUCUUUUUGUACAUUUUGAAACAGUAAUGCCAUUGUAACUCUCUAAAGACAUUUUCCUGUAUAUAUAUGUAUUCAUUGGUGUCAAAACAAUAAAAAAAGUAUAUGUUUAUCUUGUAA